UUAGCCAACUGUUGGUGUUAAUGCAUCCCAAAUUCCAAUGGGAUUUUCAGCUUCUUCUUGGCUGAGAAUUUGAGGGCUCUGCCAGCAACCUCACAUUACUUCUCCCCCUUUUCAUUCAUCACUCUCUCUUCCUCUCACUUACACACAAAAUACACACAUAUACCCCUAUCACUACCUGUUUCCUCCCCUCCACUCAUCACAACAAAAAAAAAAAAGGAAAAGAGAGAGAAAGAAAAAAGGGGGGAAAUUCUUUGUGUUCUUUGAUACAAUUUAUAUAUAGUAACGGCCACAGUUUGUACUCAACCCAGAGAACUUAUUAGGUCUGACUAAGUCACUGAAGUGGAAAGCAGAGAAUGGAGAGAAACAGUGCUCGGGGAAAUAGUGGUGGAAGAAGCAUGAAAGAGAUGAACAACAACAACAAUAGCCACAAGAAGAACGCAGGAUGCUACAAGGUUAAGAAUCCUCCAUGGGAUUUUCUGAAUGAUUGCAAUGGCACUGAAGAAGCAGAUUUACUUGGAUUAUUUUCGUGGCCUCCAAGAUCUUACUCAUGUAGCUUUUGCAAAAGGGAGUUCAGAUCCGCUCAAGCUUUAGGAGGUCACAUGAAUGUUCAUAGGAGGGAUAGAGCUAGAUUGAGACAAUCUCCACCAAGGGAUGGUCAGUAUUCCCUCCUAAAUCUCAACCUUGAACCAAACCCUAACUUCAGUACUUUCAAUACUAACCCUAGUCCUUCAGCAAGAUGUCCUUUGAUGCCUUCCACGUAUCCUUCUCCAAUUCCUCCCCCAGUUUCCACUAUUUCCACAACCCCACCAGCAACUGUCACUGGAAUGAGAAAAUGGGGUGAUAAAGCUGGCGGUGGUGUUCAUCAACUGAGCCAUUCAUAUCCUAAAGAUCAAGACUUAAUGAAGAGUAAAGCUACAAAAAGACUUCUUGAGCUGCAUGAGAAAGAAGGUUCACUUUUGAAGAGGGGAGAUAUUGUUAAGCUGGAAUUGGAAAUUGGCUUAGUUGGUGAAGCAAAGCAGGAUUUGGAUUUGGAACUUCGACUGGGAUACACUUGAGAGCAGUCCUAAAGAAUCUCAUGGUCUUAUUUUAGCCUCCAACAUUUUUCAACUUUUCUGGGGGAAUAUAAGGGAAAGUAAGAAAGUGUAGUGCUUUAUAUUAUGGCAUUGCAGUAUUUAAGUCGGGGAUAAAUUAGAGUGUAGGAGUACUAGAGAUCAGGGAGAUGAUUCCAUGAAGAAGUACCUUUUCAGAUUUCUAAACUUUUAACUAGCUUAUAUGUUGUGUUAUUGCGGAAGGCCAUGCAAAUUUUCAAUUUUA